CUAGGAAUCUUCCGGGUAGCUAGGAAUCUUCCGGGUAGCUAGGAAUCUUCCGGGUAGCUAGGAAUCUUCCGGGCAGCUAGGAAUCUUCCGGGUAGCUAGGAAUCUUCCAGGCAGCUAGGAAUCUUCCAGGCAUCUAGGAAUCUUCCGGGCAGCUAGGAAUCUUCCGGGUAGCUAGGAAUCUUCCGGGUAGCUAGGAAUCUUCCAGGUAGCUAGGAAUCUUCCGGGCAGUUAGGAAUCUUCCAGGCAGCUAGGAAUCUUCCGGGCAGCUAGGAAUCUUCCGGGCAGCUAGGAAUCUUCCAGGUAGCUAGGAAUCUUCCGGGCAGUUAGGAAUCUUCCGGGCAGCUAGGAAUCUUCCGGGCAGCUAGGAAUCUUCCAGGUAGCUAGGAAUCUUCCAGGCAGCUAGGAAUCUUCCAGGCAGCUAGGAAUCUUCCAGGCAGCUAGGAAUCUUCCGGGGAGCUAGGAAUCUUCCGGGGGGCUAGGAAUCUUCCAGACAGCUAGGAAUCUUCCGGGCAGCUAGAAAUCUUCCAGGUAACUAGGAAUCUUCCAGGCAGCUAGGAAUCUUCCAGGCAGCUAGGAAUCUUACAGGUAGCUAGGAAUCUUCCAGGCAGCUAGGAAUCUUCCAGGCAGCUAGGAAUCUUCCAGGUAGCUAGGAAUCUUCCAGGCAGCUAGGAAUCUUCCAGGCAGCUAGGAAUCUUCCAGGCAGCUAGGAAUCUUCCAGGUAGCUAGGAAUCUUCCAGGCAGCUAGGAAUCUUCCAGGAAGCAAGGAUUCUUACAGGCAGCUAGGAAUCUUCCAGGCAGCUAGGAAUCUUCCAGACAGCUAGGAAUCUUCCAGGUAGCUAGGAAUCUUCCAGGUAGCUAGGAAUCUUCCAGGCAGCAAGGAUUCUUACAGGCAGCUAGGAAUCUUCCAGGCAGCUAGGAAUCUUCCAGGCAGCUAGGAAUCUUCCAGGCAGCAAGGAUUCUUACAGGCAGCUAGGAAUCUUCCAGGCAGCUAGGAAUCUUCCAGGCAGCUAGUAAUCUUCCAGGCAGCUAGGAAUCUUCCAGGCAGCUAGGAAUCUUCCAGGCAGCUAGGAAUCUUCCAGGCAGCUAGGAAUCUUCCAGGUAGCUAGGAAUCUUCCAGGCAGCUAGGAAUCUUCCAGGCAGCAAGGAUUCUUACAGGCAGCUGGAAUCUUCCAGGCAGCUAGGAAUCUUCCAGGCAGCUAGGAAUCUUCCAGGCAGCAAGGAUUCUUACAGGCAGCUAGGAAUCUUCCAGGCAGCUAGGAAUCUUCCAGGCAGCUAGGAAUCUUCCAGGCAGCUAGGAAUCUUCCAGGCAGCUAGGAAUCUUCCAGGCAGCUAGGAAUCUUCCAGGCAGCUAGGAAUCUUCCAGGCAGCAAGGAUUCUUACAGGCAGCUAGGAAUCUUCCGGGGAGCUAGGAAUCUUCCGGGCAGCUAGGAAUCUUACAGGCAGCUAGAAAUCUUCCGGGCAGCUAGGAAUCUUACAGGCAGCUAGGAAUCUUACAGGCAGCUAGGAAUCUUCCAGGCAGCUAGGAAUCUUCCGGGGAGCUAGCUAGGAAUCUUCCGGGGAGCUAGGAAUCUUACAGGCAGCUAGGAAUCUUACAGGCAGCUAGGAAUCUUACAGGCAGCUAGGAAUCUUACAGGCAGCUAGGAAUCUUCCAGGCAGCUAGGAAUCUUCCAGGCAGCUAGGAAUCUUCCAGGCAGCUAGGAAUCUUACAGGCAGCUAGGAAUCUUACAGGCAGCUAGGAAUCUUACAGGCAGCUAGGAAUCUUCCGGGGAGCUAGGAAUCUUCCGGGGAGCUAGGAAUCUUCCGGGGAGCUAGGAAUCUUCCGGGCAGCUAGGAAUCUUACAGGCAGCUAGGAAUCUUCCGGGGAGCUAGGAAUCUUCCAGGCAGCUAGGAAUCUUCCGGGCAGCUAGGAAUCUUCCGGGGAGCUAGGAAUCUUCCAGGCAGCUAGGAAUCUUCCGGGGAGCUAGGAAUCUUCCGGGCAGCUAGGAAUCUUCCGGGGAGCUAGGAAUCUUCCAGGCAGCUAGGAAUCUUCCGGGCAGCUAGGAAUCUUCCGGGCAGCUAGGAAUCUUCCGGGGAGCUAGGAAUCUUCCGGGGAGCUAGGAAUCUUCCGGGCAGCUAGGAAUCUUCCGGGCAGCUAGGAAUCUUCCAGGCAGCUAGGAAUCUUCCAGGCAGCUAGGAAUCUUCCAGGCAGCUAGGAAUCUUCCGGGGCUAGCUAGGAAUCUUCCGGGGAGCUAGGAAUCUUCCAGGCAGCUAGGAAUCUUCCGGGCAGCUAGGAAUCUUCCGGCAGCUAGGAAUCUUCCGGGGAGCUAGGAAUCAUCAAGAUAGCUGAGAAUCUGGACAGCUCGCGAUCUCUCUGGCUUUGUACCAUUUCUUGCAGGUCUGUACGAUAUGUUGCACAUAUACACUAUGUUGUAACCUAGUGCGUUAUGUUGCAGAUCUCUAUGAUGUUGCAGCUCUGUGUAAUACGUUGCAGCUUAUUAAGACCUUCGUUGACAUCUCUAGAUGUCAACGAAGGUCUUGAUAUUGAUCGGUCUAUAGAAGGUCUUGUCGAAGAUCAAGAUCGAAGGUCUUGUCUUGAUAUCAAGACACAACGAUGUCUUGAUAUUGAUCGGUCUAUAGAAGGUCUUGUCGAAGAUCAAGAUCGAAGGUCUUGUCUUGAUAUCAAGACACAACGAUGUCUUGAUAUUGAUCGGUCUAUAGAAGGUCUUGUCGAAGAUCAAGAUCGAAGGUCUUGUCUUGAUAUCAAGACACAACGAAGUCUUGAUAUUGAUCGGUCUAUAGAAGGUCUUGUCGAAGAUCAAGAUCGAAGGUCUUGUCUUGAUAUCAAGACACAACGAUGUCUUGAUAUUGAUCGGGCUCUAAGGCGGAAGUUGUGCUCCUCAAGAACUUGCUUGAAACACUUCACUCAAACACACAAACAUUUGGAUUCCUUUCGGCACAAACGAGAUGAAUGUCCUUCACCACAAACACAAGCUGGGUUAAGCUCACUCCUUCUAUCAUUGUAGUGCAUUAAGCAAAUCUCAGCUUACUAGCUCUGUAACUAAGCUCUUACAAAGCGCAGUUAAGUGCCUGGGGCCAGAUUCAUGAAGCAGUUACGCAAGCAUUUACGAACCUGUACAUCUCUUCUCAAUUUUUGGCGGCUUUGUUUACAAUUAUUAAACAGUUAAUGAGCUCCGGAGCACCA